AUGGUCUCCUAUGGUCUCCUGUGGUGCUCUUGUGGUCUCCUGUGGACUUGUAUGGUCUCCUGUGAUCUCCUGUUGUCUCCCUAUGGUCUCCUGUGGACUCCUGUGGUGUCCUGUGGUCUGGUGUCUCCUAUGGUCUCCUGUGGUCUCCUAUGGUCUCCUGUAGUCUGCUACUAUGGUCUCUUAUGGUCUCCUAUGGUCUCCUAUGGUCUCUGUGGUCUCCUGUGGUCUCCUAUGGUCUCUGCUGGUCUGCUAUGGUCUCUUAUGGUCUCCUAUGGUCUCCUGUGGUCUCCUAUGGUCUCCUGUAGUCUUUGGUCUCCUGUGGUCUAUGGUCUCCUGCUUGAUCUCUAUGUCUCCUGUGAUCUCCUGUGGUCUCCAUGGUCUCCUGUGGUCUCCUGUGGUCUCCUGGUGUCUCCUAUGGUCUCUGGUGUCUCCUAUGGCCUCCUGGUGUCUCCUGUGGUCUCCUGGUGUCUCCUAUGGUCUCCUGUGGUCUCCUGUGGUCUCCUGUUCACUCUCCUAUGGUCUUCUGUGAUCUCCUAUGGUCUCCUAUGGUCUCCUGUGGUCUCCUGGUGUCUCUGUGGUCUCCUAUGGUCUCCUGGUGUCUCCUAUGGUCUCAUGUGGUAUCCCUAUGGUCUCCUGUGGUCUCCUGUGGUCUAUGGUCUCCUGUGGUCUCCCUAUAGUCUCCUGUGGUCUUUGGUCUCCUAUGGUCUCCUGUGGACUCCUAUGGUCUCCUGUGGUCUCCUACCAGUCUCCUGUGGUCUCCUGUGGUCUCCUGGUGUCUCCUAUGGUCUCCUGUGGUCUCCUCUGUGGUCUCCUAUGUCUCCUUACUGA